UCUGCAGGACUCACAGUGUCUGGGCUUCAGACUACAGCACAACCAUGCUCUUCAUCCCGGGUCUGUCUGCUCUUGAUCCUGUCAUGUAGUUUCUGAAGUGAUCCAGAUUUUCUACAGACUGGAAGAGAUUGUUGGGGUUUGAGGAUGUUUUCAUUCAUUCUGUUAUCAGCUCUGGUCCUGUGUGGAUGUGCACAGUAUUCAAGCGACCAGUGCAGCUGGAGAGGAAGUGGUCUGACACACGAGUAUCACACACGGGACGUGGAGCAGGUGUACCUGCGCUGCGCCGAGGGCUCUCUGGAGUGGCUCUAUCCCACAGGAGCCAUCAUCAUCAACCUGAGGCCCAACCUGCCGUCCGCCGAGGGUCAGCUGCGCGCCUGUGUCAAGCCGCGGCCGGACUCACACGGGGCCAGGCUGUAUGUGGAGCGGGCCGGAGCGCUGCGACUGCUGCUGACGGAGGAGGACCAGGCGGCGGGACGCGUGCGCUGCUUCAGUCUGCAGGAGGGGGCGCUGUUCGUGGAGGCCUCCGCCCGCCGGGAUAUCAGCCGGAGAAUCACUGCCUUUCAGUACCAGCUGAUCUCCACACACACCCCAGCUGGAGACCAGCCCCGCUCUCAUACAGCUUCAUGCAGACCCUGUGCUGAUGACGAGCUGCUGAUGGCGAUCUGUACCAGUGACUUCGCGGUGCGCGGCAGUAUUCAUCAUGUGGAGGAGGAGGAGGAUGAAGAUCAGGUGUCAGUGGUGGUGUCGUUGAGUCACGUGUACCGUCAGAAGAGCCCUGUGUUUGUGUCCGGCGGCGGGGGGCGCGGGCGCGGCCGGUGGACGGGUCGUGUGAAGAUGCCGCGACGGUGCGGCCCGCGGGCGGGACAGGGCGAGUUCCUCUUCACAGGAGCCGUACGGUUCGGGGAAGCCUGGCUGAGAUGUGCUCCGCUUUAUAAAGACUUCAUCAGAGUGUACCACGCAGCUCUGGACGAGGGAACGAACCCCUGCCACAUACACACGGACUGAGACACACAACUCUCCUCUGCUGAACUGAACCCACUCUCAAAUCACAUGGAAACAUAGCUUUUUUCAGGACUUGGUCCAAGGUCGCAUUUUAUCCCAAAAUCUAAAUAAAUAAAUAUAACAUUUAGGAUACUUCAAUAAAAGUUGGAUUAUUUUAUAACCAGGUUAUGAAAUAAUUGUUAUAAUAAUUAAAUAAAUUGCCCCUCUAUAAUUCUCAUUUAUCAUUUUCAGCUGGGUUUCUUUAGAUUUAUUACGAUCAACUGUUUUAAUUUUGCAGUAAUACUAUUAAUCAGCAUAAACUAAAUUUAAAUGAAAUCCUACCAUUAUGUAUAAAUAGUUCACUUAUUUCAAUAUUUAAUUUACUUUAACAUUACUGAUAUAAUCAUCAUUAUUAUUAAUAUUUGUUGUUGUUGUUAUUGUAACAUAGUGACACAGCAACAUAAUAUUUAAAUAAUAAAUAAUUGUAUAUAAUUGCUUUAUUUGUAGUGUUGAAUUUAAAUAAUAAUAUUUUUUAAAAUUGGGAUUAUUUUUUUUAUUGUCCUGAGAAUGAUGUCAUAAGUUUUUUUUUUUUUUUUAUGUAAAAUAUUCCUUCUUUAUUUGUGUUGAUUUUGGGGUGAAAUGAGGCCUGGUGUGUUUGGGGACGUCCAGUGGUUCCAGAUGGAUGGAUCCGAGCCAUCAGUCCUCCCUGAAGUUGCUGUUCUUGGUUACAGACAGAAGUUGUGUGUGUUUGUUUCUGUCUGUUCUUGUUGCCUGACUCUAUUCGACAGAUGAUGAGCUCUCGCCUGCACUCGUGUGUGUGCUGCGAGACGAUGAACGCUGCUUUUGUUUAAAGCUUUGUUUGGAGUAAUUGAGCGGUCAAUUCUUCUGACUGACGUCUGGACUGUGUUCAUGUGUUCAAGAGUGAGUUUGAGUGUAUUGUGUACGUGUGUGUGUGUGUGUGUGUGUGUGUUUCUCCUCCUUGGACUCCGAGUCUGGAAUAAAACACUCCUAACAGAAACA